AUGCGCGCCCGGACGGAGCCGCCGCAGCCCCGGGGCAGCGCAGCCCAGGGCACUGAGCAGCUUCAGACUCCUGACAUGGAGGAAAUCAUGGUGGAAACAAUCCUGGCCCCGUGGGAGAUCCUGCUGGUGAUUUUUGCUGCAGUGCUGGUGAUGAGUGUGCUGAUGCUGCUGCCCCCAGCUGUGGUGGUGAUCUGGAGGAUGAGACAUGUGCCACAGAUCUCGCUGCAGGGCUCCGUGUGAGCCAGCCCU